AUACUGAAUAUGCCCAUUUUUAUAGUGUACUUGCCACAGUAAUAAAACUUAUGUAUGAAUUCGUACAAAGUAGUAAGUUAUAAAGUGGACCUAUCGCGAACAUCGAAAAUCGAAAUCUGCCUUUCUAUCGCUCUAGCACAUUUUCACUAUCUUUGUUUUGUAUUUCUUUUGUUUUAAAUUAUUUAUUUGACUUUGUCAGUUUAUACUUUACUACUUUUACUCUAGAGUUAAAUUUUAAUGAUAUUGAACUCUUCCCUAACUGAAAAAGUAUAAAAAUAAUGUUUCGGAAGAAUAAGGCCAAAAAUUAGCUCAAAAAAUAUAUAAGGUUCAAUUAUAGCGAUUGUCGCCGUGCCAAGGCUAGAACUAGUCAAAAUCUAAACUGUAAUAGCUUGGAAUUGGUAUUUAAUUACAUUAUAUUGCACUAGCUUACCUAUAUAUUAAAAAAUAGACAUAGAUAUAAUGUUUAACGUUUAUGGAACUGUGAUAAAAAGUGAAAUUAUUAGAAAUAAAUUGUCAAAAAAUGGUAUUUUAAAUGUGUAUUAUUUAUUGAAGAUUAUGUUAAACAUUUGUAAAUUGAUAAAUGAUAACAUGCGUGUUUGCUUCCGUUAAUUAUUAAGUUUGUGCAAAUUUGAUAGCCACGAAAAAGAGGGCAUUUUAAAAAUAUGUAUGUUAUAAUAUAAUUUGAAUUGUGAUCAUACAAUUUUUCUUCUGUAACCCGUGACCUAUAAGUAUUUUUGACAUAUUUACCGUACUGCGCAGUAUAUUGUCUUACAAAAACGACGAAGCGCUUUGAGAAAAGGUAGGUAAGUAGUGCCCUUGCACUUCGCUUGGCUCGUCUUGGCAGGGGCACUACCGUGCCCCAAGAUUGUAUCUGUAUAAAUAGGUAUCUAUCUAUCUAAAGAACUCUUAAGUAGAUGUUUUUUUUUAAAUGUGCAUUUAUAGUGCCUUUAAUCGCUUAAUGAACAAACAACUCUAUUUAAGUUACCAGCACGCGAUUAUUGCGUGCGAUCGCUCAUAUCAAUUACCCCACGCUGCGAUAUACAAGAUUCUUAACAUGUACCUAGUCAAUGAAACGUAAAGGUCUUGGCUCAUCGCCGCAACAUUAAUGAGAUGCGGUAUUUAGUAUCAAACCUAUAAUUACGAACGUAGGAAGUAAAUGAGUGCAACCAAAUCGCUUAUUUAAAUUAACACAUUUACUGCCAGACAACCCACCAGGCGGAUUUUUGCUAUAGGUGAUUAACAUUUGCUUUGGGUUUCCAAAAGUAAAGACCACCAUUGGCGAGAGAAUAAAAUACAAAUACUUAUUCUUAAAUAAUACAGACAUCAACACGAGUAACCGUAUUUUCUGCGGAUGUAGGUAAUAAGAGGGUAAAAUAUGGUUUCACUCCCAAAAACGCAUUUAUAGAAUAAUACCUACUCAUAGGGUUCUAAACCAGAGGCUGGUUUUAGAAUUUAUUUUGACUGCGUAUAACAAUACCUACCUUAUUGAAGCAGAAUAUAUGGAAAGCAUAAUAAUAGAGGUCAGUGAAUAAUAGUAUUUUUCAUAUAGGCAGGAUGUCAGGUGUCAUCUUCAUGUAAUUUGUGACCUAAAAACGCAAUGCGCAUCGGAGCCAUCAAGUUUGAAAAAUACUGAAAUAAACGCGAUACUAAGUGAAAAUUGGUAGAUGUAUGUAUGAAUCUGAUUUAUGGUGAAUGCUACGUGCUUACUUACUAGUUCGUGCGUGUAAUCGUCAUGAAAUCGAUGCAUUCAUUUCAAAAGAAAAUUAUAACAAGCCAUCAAUCAAAUGUAGGUAUAACGUAAGCUUUAAUCCGCCUCGUUAAAAUGGCAAACAUAGUAAUAGUUUCACGUAUAUAGGUCGCUGUAAUCAUGACUGUCGCGUUGCUUCACUGACAAAUUCACUAGCUACACUUAUGUACAUAAAUAUACCAAUGCAUGAUAGGUAUUGAAACAUCCGUUCCAGAUUAUGCAAGGUAAUAAAAGUGAAGAAAAUUCAAUUUUCAGCUCAUUCACGCGUUAUAAUAGACGAGUUAAGUUGUCUUAAGUAGUAGCUGAUCGGUAUAGGAUGUGUUUAAAGGUAUAUCUAGUAGCAAAGCGAACGAAAAAUGCACUGUGAAAAUGGAACAAGUUUAAUUUUUUUAUAUACAUCCAUCGAGAUAGGUACUGGUGUUAUAUUGCUCACUCAGCCUAAUAUUAGAAUAUUCUUGGGGAGUUGAAGAAUCCACGCCAAAAAAGGGAGCACAUCUCGAAGCAGUUAUUGCGCCGUCCGAUAAUUCCUCCGAAGUUGACUUGAACGAAGACUCUUCGAUCUGGCAGUUCUGGCGGCCUUGGAAAUUAUGGAACUGGGGUCGCAAUUUGAUGAACGAAGAAUAUCAUGAAAAUGCGAAGAGCAGUUUUGGAUACGGCAGACACGGGAUGUUCCAUCGAGAUCAAAAAAGAUCUAAGAUUAAAAACAAAAUAAAAUUCCUUGUUAAAAUACACCAAUUUCAAACUUAACGACAUUAUCACUUGUCAUUAGAUUGAUGACUAUAUCUAGAUUAAAUUGCAGAUUGUUGUUAAGCCUACUUUUCCUGUAGAAAGUUGGAGAAGUACCUAUUUAUUAUUUUUGCAAUAAAAUAUAAACUCACUUAAAAAUAAGUAGGUAAAGCGAUUAUUGUCUACUUUUACAUUUUCGCUGGUCACUUGCUGCAGAGAAUGGUGAAAAAAGGUUAUAAUAGGAAAAAGGAUGAUGAUGGUUAUCAUUAUUUUGUUCAAAUGUAUAUAGUCCCGUUAUUGUCAAAACCAAGUUCAGAUGAUGGAAUCUAUGAGGAAUCCAGGGAACUCCUCAAAUCUUAUAGGCAUACAUAUAGCUAUUUUAGUAUUUUCAUCAACAAACCAAGCAUUUACAUCCAAAACAGUGCCAUUUCGUGAUUUGGAACUGCUGAUGAUGACCAGAAAGGGACUCGUUAACAACAAAAAUACUUCACUUUCAGCGAUUUGUCAGCGAUGUUUGUUAAGCAAGUAAGUUCUGAACGAACAUUUGUGUUAAGGUCUAGUUCUGAUGAUAGGUUCCAUGAGGUCCAACUCCUCAAAUGUUGAUGGCUAUAGAUCCAGACCUUGAAACGCACCCAAGCUUUUUUUAGUAACAUGACAAUUUGGCCAGACAUGAACGAGUCUUGCAGAAUAAUGCAUCACAAAUCAGUAAUCACUAGUAAGAAAAACUAAAAAUGGAAAAAUUAAUUGUAUUUAAAAAAAAACCGACCAAGAGCAUGUCGGGCCACGCUCAGUGUAGGGUUCCGUAGUUACUCUUCCGUCACAAUAAGCUAAACUGGAGCUUAAAGUAUAGUAAAUUGUUAACCAAGGGAUGAAACGGUACCUUUCACCCGAGUUAAACAAAUAGGCAAAUUUGCAUAAUCAGUACCUAAUUAAAGUAAGUCUUUUUACUAUGAAGGGAAAACUUUUUGCGAUAACUCAAAAACAGCUAAACUGAUCAUGUCCGCUAUAGUUUUCAUUUAAUGUCUUUCUUAAGCUCUACUUCCACGAUUUUUUUCAUAUUUUGUGGACCUAUGGUUCAAAAGUUAAAGGGGGGGGGACACAUUUUUUUUCUUUCGGAGCGAUUAUCUCCGAAUAUAUUCACUUUAUCAAAAAAUGUUUCUUGAAAACCCCUAUUACUUCAAAAUUAAAAAAAGAAAGACCUUUCCAACGAUACCCCACAAUCUAGGGUUGAAGCGAAAAAAAAAUUUCACCCCCACUUUACGUGUAGGGGAGGUACCCUAAAAAAAAUUAAAUUUUUAGAUUUUAUUGUACGACUGUGUCGGCUUUAUUGAUUUAUAUAUCCAUGCCAAAUUUCAGCUUUCUAGCACUAACGACCACGGAGCAAAGCCUCGGACAGACAGACGGACAUGGCGAAACUAUAAGGGUUCCGUUUUAUGCCAUUUGGCUAGUAAAGUACUUGGAAAGUAAAAUGUCAUGGAACAGAAACGUUUCACUUUCAGCUCGUUUCAUAGAAUAAACGAUUACCCAGGUUUAGAGCAAUUAAAUAAAUUUUACACUGAGUUACGUAAACGUAUGAUACGUCUACCUACGUUUUCAUAACUGAGUGAAAGAUUUUUAAGGACAUACGUAUAGGAUGAAAUCUCCAUAUACCAAAAAGUGUCAUCAAAAAAACCUUACAUAAGUGGCGCUACAAUACCUACAGUACUUUAACAAAAAAAUCAAAUCAUAGACAGCGCACUUCACUCCGUCAAUAACGCCUAGGUUCUUAGCUACUCUAGCGCUACUCUGGAGAGAUUUGGAACUAUUAUUUAUAGCUGACAGCUGGACACUUUUUCAACAGUUCUACUAGAACGUAGUGUUUAUAUGCUCCUUGAGUUCUACCAUAAGAGAUUUCACUCCUAUAGACAUACGGAGUGGCUGCGCUUAUUAAAUGGGGAACUCCAUCUCUUUCCAGCAAAUUGUUUAAAAAUCUGAAGAAAAUAAAAACCGCCAACAAAAUAAAAAUUGGUUCUUACCUAUAUGGUACUUACCUAUAAUAAUUAUUCACGUCAAAUUGACAUAUUGUCAUUAAGCAAAAUAAAUAUUAAAGGAGCUAAUUCCUAGGCAUGAUUAUAUUCGUUUUCUAUUAUUAAUAUUUAGUGACAGGAUGUUUUACGUGGAUACCCAAAGGACAACCACGCGGCGGGACAGCUCACUCAUAACUACCGCUAGAACUUCUCCAGACCGAGAUUCCCUAUUGACCAUCCGUGGACACUCUAGCGCACAUCUUGGCAGCGACCAUGGCAAUCUCGCCACAACCGUUCGUCCAAAGGGCUCCGUACAGAAGGAACUAGUAACUUUACUCUUUGAGUCGAUGCUUAAACAUAUUGUAGAAUCUUGGGAGGUUAUUGAACCGGAAAAACUUAACUCGGAAAUAGAAAAGACGUUUAGUGAAGUCACUCUUUUCUCUGCUAAAAAGAAAGGAAAAGAACAACCAGCAAAAGUGGCCAAAUCUAAAAUCAACAGGUCGAAGUCGGGUUCGGUUCCGAUAGAGCCAGUAGCGUUCGUACCGUGGUGGUCAGGGCCGGACGAGCGUGCUGUCAUACGCUUCAAAAACGGAAACCUGUACGAAGGCAACAUUUCUAUGAAGUGCAUGCAUGGUGAUGGGCGUUUCCAGUGGGCCGACGGCACAGUUUACUUGGGUCAGUUCAAAAACAACGAAAUGGUCGGUAAAGGAUUUAUCCAGUGGAAAAACGACACGUGGUACGAGGGCGAGUUCGCGUGUAACCUGCGGCACGGGCGCGGAUUGUACGUGGACUCCCGCUCGCAGGGCUUCUACGUGGGCGGCUGGCACCUGGGCACCAAGCACGGCAUCGGCGCCAUUCACUACCCGGGCCGUCGCACUAACUCGUACGACGGGCAGUGGGAUCAUAAUGUAAGACAUGGAGUUGGAUCACGCGAAUACUGCCUUGAUAGUGGCUACCAAGGAGAUUGGGACGCUUACACGAGAGAGGGGAAAGGUUUGAUGUUAUGGCCUAACCAUGAUUUCUAUAGCGGUGAUUGGAGAAACAACGUUAUGAGUGGUUUCGGUAUUUACAUCUGGAAUAUGUACUGCAACAACUCGAUGUCUAUGCCGUCGAUUAAUAUCUAUCGUGGCGAAUGGUACAAGGGCAAACGCCAUGGCUACGGCGUCCUGAACUUCGGUUAUGGUCUGGGUUCACAUUACAAAGGCGAGUUUAAAGAUAACUUAAAGCAUGGAACCGGUAAAUUAGUCACCAAUACUGGUCAGAUCUUUCGACAUAAAGCGUUGUUUAUUGAUGAUAACCUCGGGCCCCAUGAGGCCGAAAAUGAAUGCGAACAGCACUGCUGCGCCCAAACACUUCGGAGUCCUCAUCCUAAAUUACCUCAAGUCCAGAAAACGAUUGAAUUUAACAUAAAUGACUCCAGCGUUGGUCUGAUUUAUCACGUUCAUCAGGCUUUAAAGAAUAUUGAUCGAGAAUCCGAAAUAAGAGCGGCUAUCAUCACUAACUUCAUGGAGAACAACAAAUAUUAUUUUGAAUUAUAUUGCAAUACAACUGUUAAACGCAAAGAUGAAACGCCAGAAGAAGCAAACUUGAAUAUCGAAGAUUUGAUAACUUUUGAGGAAACGUCUCUUCGCAAAGCUUUAAGAUGUUAUCAAACAGAACUAAGGAAAAUUUAUUUACAAUAUGCAAAGAUAUGUAAUACAGAAGAGAUAAGUUUUACUCCAAAUCUUAUCCGCUUGUAUCUUUGGCAGCUGUAUUUUGAUUGCAGGAUUCAUGAAAAAGGUUUAACGCUAGUCCAAAUAGAUAAUAUAUUCUUCAAUAACCCUGAAUGGAUCGCUCGAUCGCCCCACAACCCAUUUGAAAAAAUACACUUUUGGCAAUUUCAGCAUAGCCUUAUUACUGUUGCAAGCAAGUUGUACGCCCAAACAACAUUUCCAGGACCAAAACCAGAUACGAUUUUAGCUAGUGCGUUUAGAACGUUCAUGGAUAAAGAUGUUUUGCCAUGUUCAGAUUGCCAUAAAGGUCACCUUGUGAACGGCUCCGGCGUAUACGUGCCCCUGAAAGCCUUAUACGCGCUGUACCGCAGCCUGGGUGAGCCACACACUGUCCGCACGUUUCUGUGUGCGGCGCUACGCCCCCACCAUGACGUAGAGCACCCGCAGCCGCCUAUGGUCGAAGCGCCCGAUGAAUGCCUUCCGGUUGGACGCAACGGCUACGUUUUUGAAGAUGAUAUGAUAUUCACCCUUGAAGGAGAUAUAAAAAAUAUUACGGAUGCAGAUUCAAAUGGCAACACACAGCUAAAGCUUUUUAAUUUUGGCAACCUGUCCUGCAAAAUGAUUAUAAAAAUAUUUGGUAGAAUAUUUCCAAAUGUUUUUGAGAACAAUCACGUAUUGAAUUUGGAUGUUCAAAUAACGUUUUACGAGUUCCUUGAAGCGUUCAUCUCUUGUGCCGAGGAGAGCAUUCGGCUGAAAGAAGAACAGUUUAAAGACGCCGCCGCGCAAACUACCUUCAUUCCGUUCGAAAAGAUGUAAUUUAACCCAGAUGUAGAGGAUCUUCGUGAUGAGAGCAAAUGAUUUAAAGUCGGUUCAGAAAUGACGGAGUUAUGAAGUAACAAACAUUAAAAACAAGAACAUACACACCGAAUUGAUAACAAAGGAGGAGCCUUUUGAAAUCUUGAAGUCGAGUCUAAGACAACAGGAAACACCUAAAAUUUUAAAUAAUUCCUAAUUUUUGUACUAUAUUGUACCCACUAGUGACCCGCCCCUUCUUUGCACGGGUUAUAGUACACAAAACCUUUAAAAAAAUACUUACACCCAAACCUACCUCAAGAAUCACUCUAUUGACUGAAAACCGCAUGAAAUUCCGUAACCAAAUUUUGGGUGUAAGUUGGUAUGGAGAAUCAAUAAACGAUGAACCGAUUUAGAUGAAAUUUGAUAUUGAUAUAGUUUGAGUUGUGGGAAAGGCAUAAUAUAUAAUCGUUUUCAUCCCCGAAGUCAUCCUGUAAGGGUGUAAAUUGGGGGUGGAAGUUUAUAAAGGGAAUCAAUAUUCUCUUACGAUUUUUAUCAUUUAUCUUUUUGUAAGAAAUAAAUAAAGUUUAAGCAUUUUUAACUAAGGUAGUCAUUCUUUUAGGGGGUGAAAAGAGGGUAGAAGUUUGAAUGGGGAAUCAAUAAAAAGCAGAUUGCAGAAAAAGUAAGCUACUCAAUUUACAAAUUCCACGCAAG